UUUUAAUGAAUAAAUAUCACCAUUCGAGGAGAAUUCUUCAUUACUAUUGCUGAGUAAUUGAUUGAUUACUUAGUCAUUUUAGUAUAUUUUGAGAAAGGUCCAGCAACAGAAUAAGCAAGUGGAUUCAAGCAUGUUCGGACCAUUAAGCUUCCCCUCUUAUGAAAAUGAUUUAAAAUGUGUCCCAUAUGAGAGUGCACCUAUUGUAACUACGUGCUGCUUGUGUGAGAGAAAAUUUAAUCUUGAGUUACAACAGGAUGAAUUUUUGCAACACAUUUUUGACACCCACAGACUGGUCAUUGCUGAUGUUCCUCUCAUUGCUAGUCUUGAAAAGUACAUCAGUUACUGGAGAGUAAGACUAAAAGGAAAGAGCCUUAAAGAAUUUUGUUCAACUGUAUUGGUAGAUGUUGAAAAGGACAAUGAAAUAUUAAAGAAUCAGGAAUAUUUCCUGUUAUCAGAUGUUCUUCCAGAGGAUAGACAGUUGAGAAAAGGCCUACAGCAACAAAGAUUGGAAUGGGCUCUUGACCAACAGAAAUCAGAAAGGGAAGAUAGAAAUUUCUUCUCCAGAGGAUGUCUCUUCUGCCUCGCCCAUAUAACUGGCACCCGGGCGCAAUACUUAGACCAUCUUGCUGAACAACACAACCUCCAGCUCGGUCACCCACACAACUUAGUCUUUGUAGAUCAGCUCAUUGACAAAUUACAGGAAAAGAUAACAAGAUUGCAGUGCUUGUACUGUGAAAAGGUGUUCAAAGACAGAGUUGUAUUGAAAGAACAUAUGCGAAAAAAGCUGUGGCACAAAAGGAUCAAUCCUGAAAACAAAGAAUAUGACCGAUUUUAUAUUGUGAACUAUUUGGAACCUGGGAAAACAUGGAAGGAACAGCAAGGCCCAGAGAGGGAGACAGCCACUUGUGACGAGGACACGGACUGGUCUGACUGGACUGAGGAGACAGGAGACAGUAUUGUGUGUCUACUUUGUCCCCACUCUGGCACCAACUGGGAGGAUGUCACAUCUCACCUGGCAAGUGAACAUAACUUCAACUACGAAGAGUUGACCGCAGACUUAGAUUUUUACCAACAGGUGAAGCUGGUGAAACUACAUAAGACGGCAGGUGUACAAGAAGAGCUGUAUAAUCUGUGA